AUGCACACAGAUGCAUACAGAGAGAAACCGUACAAAUGCACAGAGUGUGGGAAGAGCUUUUCAUAUAACAAUGGCCUUAGGUACCAUCAAAGAAUCCAUACUGGAGAGAAACCAUAUACCUGCUUGAAGUGUGGAAAGAAAUUCAGUGCAAGUGCAAACCUUAUGAUGCAUAUAAGAAUCCACACUGGGGAGAAACCGUAUAAAUGCACGGAGUGUGGGAAGAGCUUCCGUCAGAACAGCGUCUUUAUUUGCCAUAAAAGGAUCCACACAGGAGAAAAACCGUACAAGUGUACGGAGUGCGGCAAGAACUUCCGUCAGAACAGUAACCUUAUCAUACACAAAAUAAUUCACACAGGAGAGAAACCAUACGAAUGCACAGAAUGUGGAAAGAGCUUCAGUCACAAAAGUCACCUCACGAGACAUAAAAAAAUCCACACGGGAGAGAAACCGUGUAAGUGCACAGAUUGUGGAAAGAGUUUUAGUCGAAACAGUCACCUUACAAAACAUAAAAGAAUCCACACAAGAGAGAAACCGUAACUUGGAAGCCUUCAUCACGCAAGUAUUUUCUUCUUAUAAAGGGAAAAAUAGAAAUAUGUUGACUGUAAAGUUCCGUAGCCUUGUCAGACUUAAAGGAAUUCACAUGGCAGAACCAUAAAAAUGCCUGGAAGUGUGGAAAUAAAUUUAAAAGAGUGUUGCACUUAUUUCUUAUAAGAGGUUGUAUUGUGGAAGAAUGUCAGGACCGGCCUUUUUUUCCCUUAAAAAAACAAUACAGGAGAAAACACAUGUAAGUUUGGUUGAGCUACAUGUGAAAAGACCGUAUCCAUUUAGUAUAAAAAAUAUAUGUAGAUAUGGGUCAAAGAAACUGCUUUAAUAAGGCCUAUCAUCUUACAUCUUAGAGACUUUCCACUCAGGAGAGAAACUGUAAAUGAGCAGAAUGUGAAAAAGUAGUGACAGCUGAGUCUGUAAAGUGACCCUGACAAAGAGCAACUUCAUUUUGUUACUCGCAAAGAAAUUAUAAUCCUUGCAAAAUAAUAUUUCCAAUUGGUUAAUGUGAAGCCAUUUUUUUUAGGUGAGGCAUGCAAGAAAUGAAGGGUUUGGAUCAUGAGAUGUCGAAAUCAUUUUGAUCCCCUGAAGAGAUCUCUGAUUAAAAUCCUGGAUCUGAGCUUCACUUCUUAUAACUUCCUCCAUUUGGUUCUUCUCAGUGUUAUUACCAACCAGCGAUUAUGAAAUUUUGUAAUUAUGUUUUUUCUUCCAACCUGCAGUGUCAGUGUUCCAGGUGGGCCCAAGUUAGGCGUGCUAGCUUAGUUCCUGAAAUAGGCCUCAGUUGGUAACUGCUGUCAUUUGUUGAAACAAAAGAAAUCCUAAAUAUACAUCCAAAACAUUUUCUCUGAUAAAGAAAAUGUGAAAGAAAAGAUUGAAAGGACUCCAAAGAGGAAUGCCUGAAGAAGGAGGAAUUAUUGCUAUUUAUUAUUGUUACGUAUAGCAGAAUGUGAAAUCAUAGUCACCAGUUCUUUAGCUAGUGUUGGUCUUCAUAUUCUUAUGGUUUGUCACAGUCACCUAAUUUAGACUGGAUUUGGCAUUACAUUUUUAUCUCACUUUUUUUAUUUUACAUUUCGACACUUUGAGGUGGCAAAUAUACCCAAAUCUUUACCUUCAUUCGUGAUACCCAAAUAUCUCCUAUUUUCCCCAAAAUCCUGUGGAGUGGCAUGGGCCAGGCUGAGAGUGAGUGAGUGGCAAAAAGUCACCCAAAAUGUUUAGAUUGAAAAUGAAUUGAAAUGUUUGCAAGGGAUAUUUUAAAAAGACUUAUAAAAGAAAACAUGCCAUCAAUAUACCAAAUGUUCUAUGGAUUUGGCCAAAGAGGGGGGGGGGGGGAAAUGAACUGAAUUUUUAUUUUGCCUCAUUUGUUGUGACCAAGGAAGUAUUAAUCCCUCUCCCCAGUGUGAGAAUACGUUGAGAAUAUUUCCCGUACUGGAAUUAGAUUGGGGCACAGUGGGGUUCAUCAAGAGUUCAGGUUAAGUGCCAUCAGGUGUGGGUUUAUCUCCUCGAUUCCAGUUGGACCAGGUCUGCUGAAUUCUUUUCUUGUUGUCCCCGCCUCCUUUAUGCUCUCCAGCUUUUCGGCGAGGAACUGGUCGCAGACUGAUGUGUCGGACUGAAACGAGAAAGAAUUAAUAUCCU